AAAUAGAGAGAAACAGAACAAUGAGUUCACACUUUGACUACAAUAAUAGCAGUAAUUAUUAUCUGAAUGUGAAUCCAAUGGGCGCUCUCUCUUCACUGUCUUCAGUGAGCUAUUCGGGUGGCGCUGACCAGGCCUUCAAUGCUAUGCUUCAGUGCCACUCAGAAUCCAUUUACGAGACAUCGGCGCGACUCCUGUUUAUGGCCGUCAAAUGGGCCAAAAACUUGCCCUCAUUUGCAAACCUUACGUUCAGAGACCAAGUGAUUCUUCUGGAGGAGUCAUGGGCUGAGAUCUUUCUGUUGAGUGCCAUUCAAUGGUGUCUCCCCUUAGAGAAGUCACCCCUUUUCUCAAUCGCUAAUAUCCCGGACGGCACCGACCAUUCAUCGGAUAUACGAGUCUUGAACGACGCUCUCAAUAGAUUCCGAAACACUGGUGUCGAUCCGGCAGAGUUCGCCUGUUUGAAAGCUCUCGCACUUUUCAAACCAGAAGCCAGAGGACUAAAAGAUGUGAACCGAAUUGAGCACAUGCAGGACCAAGCACAAUUAAUGCUAUUACAACAUGUCAAAGCUCACAACCCAACCAACCCAACCAGGUUUGGAAAGUUAUUACUUUCGUUGCUAUCCUUACGGAUUAUAUCAUCCGAUAAAAUAGCAGACAUUUAUUUCCAGCGAACCAUAGGAAGCACUCCUAUGGAGAAGUUAUUGUGCGAUAUGUUUAAAUGU